AUGGAGAAAAAUGAGAAAAAAAAACAGAGAGGGGAGCUAUGGCGGCUAGGUCUUCGGUCGGCAACAAAAGGAACGAGAGAAAAGAACACAAAAGGGGAAGAAACUAAGGGAUUCGGUGAACUGGGGGAAGAAAGAAAAACGCAAAGGAAAUCUGAGAGCUUGAGAGGAAAACAGAGGAGGGAGGCUUCGGUUUCAAUGAUCGGCAAGGAGAAACGUUCCCAACCACCCCAGCAACCAUCUCAACUCCAUCCGCUGCCUGCCCAUAAUCUUCCUCAUGCUAUUAACCCAAAACGACCACCAGCCUGCAUCCGCCGCUGCCGUUGUCCGCCAUCGACACCAUCGCGCGCCAUUUGCUGUCGCGAUCCUCCAAGCUCCAUCGCAGCCGCCCACAGCCAUAGCCCUUCUUCUCCAGAUCAACAAGUGACCAACGGCCUGUCCAGGAACCAACGCCGCUCAUGUCGACCAUCACCAGCGCCAUCACUUCCCCUGAAUCCACCACCGCCUGCGGAUCAUUUCUUGAGCGAAAAGAAAACAGAGGAGGAGAAACGCAAGGAGGAUGGCCAGGGUUUCGGUCGGCCAGAAAGUAAUGGAAAAAGAAAACGGGGAAAAACAGGGGCUGCGAGAAAAACCAGAAAAAGCAACAGAGGGAAUAGGUUGGAGCUAGAAGAAAAAGGGAGCCCAGGAAGAAAGCUUCGGACGGCUGGGCUGAAUGAAAAACAGAGGAAAAGGGAAGACUUCAGCGAGGAAAGCCAGCCACGGCAAGAGACUGAGGAACAAAGGAACACCGUCGCCGCUCAUAGCCACCGUCACUUCACCGAACCCACCAUCAUCACCGGCCAAUUUUCAUCAAGCAGGAGCACGGUAAGCUAUUGGUUUUUCCCUCUUUAA